AUGCCGCAUAAAAGAGCAAAGCGCUCAAUACGAGAGCGAACAAAAACAGAGAGAAAAUUAGACCUUCCACCGUCAGAGUCUACCUUUGCGCAAAAUGACAUUCCAAAAUCGAUGGCCCGUGUUUUAAAUGCAGAAAUUGUCCAAAAUGCAUGGAGGGAGAAGAAGAGAGCUCUUGACUCAGAGACUGGUGGUGUAGAAAGUGGGUCUAAACGAAAGAAGAGGAAGACAGAGGGCGGAGGGACUGAAAAGGCGGAGAUUAAGAUUAAGCCGGGUGAAUCCUUGAGGCAUUUCAAGAGGCGUGUUGAGGACGAUAUGCGACCCCUUGUACGUUCGGCUAUGAAGAAUGCGACGUCUGUCUCGAAGCAGAAGAGCAAACAAUCACAAAAGGAUGUCGAGGCUAUCACUAAGUCGUCGGCAUCGAAAUCUAAGCAAGGGAGGGCAGAUGACAACGCGGAUUCGGAUUCAGAAGACACCUCGACCCACAGACGAAAAGGAAAGGGACGUCAAAAUCGAAGUCCAAGCCCUGACUUUGCUCGCAUCUCUUCCUCUAUGCCGAAACGUCUGAACGACGUCGCACAAGCACCUCCUGAGUUGAAAGCUGCUCCGCGACUAAAUCGGCUAGUUCGGAAGGCGCAGGCGGGGAAAAGCGGGGGUAUGAACGGACGUGAAGAUAACGUUGAAGACGACGGUAUUAUUACUCUACAGCAGAAGCGGAUGAUGGAAUUGGAGAGGGAGAAGGCGAUUAAUCGAUAUAGGGCACUCAAAGAGGCAAAGCUAAAGGAGCGACACACAGAUACAAAGGUACCGUCAUGA